CCUUAUUUAAAGACUAAAACAUUGGCUAAGGUUCAGGAUUUUAUCUCUGAUUCGGAGCGACGAGUAUCUACCUUAACUGAAUCUAGGAAGCGCAGAUUGUCUUCAGAGGACUCCGUUUUUGUCCGGGAGAAAAGGCCUCGUCCAAUGAAAAGAAAUCGUCAAUUUCUGCAACAAGAGCUCGACGAAUUCCAACAAACUUUGGCUUCCGUUUAUUCCUCAGAGGCAGCUAUUUGCGUGGAAAAUAAAACUGAUUUAGAAGGCCCCCCUGUCGAUUUCGUUCCAAUUAGUGACUAUAUGCCAAGUCCUGACGUUCCAUGGUGUAGUGCCUCACCUUUUGGCUGUGAUUGCUCUGUCAAUCCUAUGUUUGAAUCAAAUUCUAGUCCGGGCUACAACCCUCAUAGUAGGACCCACAAUAACAAUGUAAAUAAUGUUUCUACUUGCUGUGCUGCAAAUCGAUCUUUAGAGUUAGAAGCAAGAAGCUUUGAACCCUGUUGGCUCAAUCGAAAUUCUAGUUGUUGUUCUGUUCAUUCGGGGGCUCCUAUUCCAUAUAACCUUCAAAAACGUCUUGUUGCUCCCAAAGGACAACCUGUCUAUGAAUGCAAUUCUACGUGA